CCUGGAACGGUAGCCUAAAAUACGCGGACUGGACGAGGGGGAAUAACUCUUACGAAGUUACGCUGUUUAAUCAAUCACACAAAAUAUGAUGACGUCAGUUAGUUUCGCUUUGGUCCACAACAUUCGAUAGGACUGCACAUCAGGUAGUGCACAAACUAAGUCACAAUGGCUUCGAAUGGAUCAGUACAACGACUGGACGGGAAGGUGGCGUUAAUUACAGGUGCCAGUUCAGGAAUAGGUAGAGGGACUUCUAUACUGUUUGCUGAACUAGGAGCACAGUUAGCUCUGACUGGACGAAAUGAAGAAAACCUCCAAGCAACUGCAGCCCAGUGUAUUGAGAAUGGCAGCAAGCAGCCCCUCCUGAUUGUUGCUGACAUGGCGAUAGAAGAGGAUGUAACACGUAUCCUGAAUGAGACGAUAAAACAUUAUGGAAAACUAGACAUUCUGGUCAACAACGCUGGCAUAGUUAAAGUUGGUGGCAUUGACAACACAUCAAUGGCAGACUACGAUGCUGUGAUGAACAUAAAUGUCAGAGCUCCGUACCAACUUACAAUGCUUGCAGUGCCAUAUCUAACCAAGACUAAAGGCACCAUAGUGAAUGUGUCCAGUGUCAACGGCAUGAGAUCUUUCCCCAACGUACUAGCCUACUGCAUGUCAAAGAGUGCUGUGGACCAAUUUACCCGCUGUACAGCUCUAGAACUUGCUUCUAAAGGAAUUCGUGUUAACAGUGUCAACCCCGGGGUAAUCAUCACGGAAAUCCACAAACGAGGAGGCAAAACUGAAGAGCAGUACCAACAGUUUCUUGAGCAUUGCAAGACAACGCAUGCUUUGGGUCGUGUCGGGCAGGUAGAAGAAGUUGCUAGGACGAUCGCCUUUCUAGCCUCCGAUAGUUCGUCCUUCAUCACCGGUGCCCAGAUCCCUAUAGACGGUGGACGUCAUGCCAUGUGUCCGCGCUAGGGCCUACGUCAUGUGUCAUGUGCCAGGAAUUACUUCAUUACUUGUCUCUGUUAUGCAUUUAUUUACCAUAUUUACCAGGACGCCAUCAGGGCAUCAUCAGUCACCCUCAUCGUUCAUAUUGAUGACAACUUGACAAUAGUUACAGUUCCUUGUUAAUUAGGUGAUUACCAUUGUUUUAUACUUACCGUUAACCAGAGACAUACUUAGAGGGAUAAGAGACUCCACUAGUUUGGAUACCGACAUAGCGUGAGCUUUUGUAUUUGUGCACAAAGUCGUGAAGACGUGACGACCACUACAUCACUACUAUACCAGCAGACACUAGGUAAAAUUAAAUAUACUUUAUCAAAAUCAAUUGCUAUUAAACUUCAUCAAUCAAUAUACGUCCCUGUGCUAACCUUCGGGCAUUUAGAACAAAUCAGAUAUAUUGAUGAACCCAUUAGAAUUAUACGAAAUUUUGCCUCAGCAAAUAAUUGUGAGUUCGAACUACAUAUGCAUCAGUGUCUAUAGCAGAAAUCAUUUUGGUAAAGUGUAAAUAAUGAAGUCAUAAUUGUGCGAGACCUGUUAACACAAAGAUAACUAUUGUUGCUUCAUACUAGUCCUCCGAUUGUUAAUGUCAUCAGGAUGUCGGUUAGGAAAGUCAGGUGAUGUCAUUGUUAAUGUCAUCUGUAUGUCGGUUAGGAAAGUCAGGUGAUGUCAUUGUUAAUGUCAUCAGGAUGUCGGUUAGGAAAGUCAGGUGAUGUCAUUGUUAAUGUCAUCAGGAUGUCGGUUAGGAAAGUCAGGUGAUGUCAUUGUUAAUGUCAUCAGUAUGUCGGUUAGGAAAGUCAGGUGAUGUCAUUGUUAAUGUCAUCAGGAUGUCGGUUAGGAAAGUCAGGUGAUGUCAUUGUUAAUGUCAUCAGGAUGUCGGUUACGAAAGUCAGGUGAUGUCAUCGUUAAUGUCAUCAGGAUGUCGGUUACGAAAGUCAAGUGAUGUCAUUGUUAAUGUCAUCAGGAUGUCGGUUAGGAAGGUCAGGUGAUGUCAUUGUUAACGUCAUCAAAACUAUAAUACCAGAAGACUAAUAUUCCAGAGUCAUUUGGUCUAUUUAUGAGAGUGAAUAAUAUAUGGGGUCUUUUUUUCAUUAUUAUUUAAGGGCAUUCCACAAAUGAAAUAUUUUUCGUUAUAUAACCUGAAAUCAGAUUGUUGCUUACAUAAUGUCAAAAGGUUUUAUGAAAUGAAUAUAUAUUCAGUGUUGUGCAAAUAAAUUUCUAUAAAAAUAUUUUUAUUUUGUGACAGUAUUGUCUGGCGUCGACUUUUCUAUUGAAAAAGACUUCUUCUCAAUAACUAAGAGGACCGAUUCUGUGUCCGGUUCCUGUUAAAGUAUACCAAAAAUUACUUCUGAACGGUUGCCUGACCUGAGCGAUUAUGACACGAGGUCGGGCCAGUCAACCGUGAAACAACAACUGUGACGGGUAUUGCGUGAAGCCUAAUUGUGUCUCGAUCAAAAUGUAUAUAAUUAACUAUCUUUAAAUAUCAAUACAAAUUAACAAGGCAUCGCGGAACGAUACUAAUCCCCUCGCGGCAAACCCUGACGAUGAACGUCAAUUAUGAAUUGAACAAGCUGACACAGGUGGAAUGUGAUCUGUUUUAUUAUUACCAAACUGAUACUCAAUUGCAUAUUGUAUUUUUAUUUGAACUCCUGUUGUGAAAGAAAAGAUGUGAACAUAUAUGGUGACAUCAAUGAAAAUGAUAUUAUGUAGCACUCAGGCAAUUAAUCAAACAAUUUAUCAGGACUCCAUGCUGCAUAUGUCAUCAUUGUGCUGAGUAGUUUUUCAUGUUAUGUCAAAAACUGAUAUAAAAAUGAUAAUUUUGCUUUCAUUGGUUGUUUAAAAUAAUCUACAAUAGCUUACUAACCCAACCUUAUAUACUGCACUCCGUUUUCAUAUCUUCUGUAGAAAAACUUGAUGUAAGUAACUUUUCUACAAAUAGGAAUAACUGUGAAAACCGAAGCAACAGUUACGGUUCUUGGAUGCUGCGUUUUGAUACCCUCUGUAUCUGUAGCAGUACUUGAUGUAAGAAAAAAAAUUUACAAAGAGAAUAACUCUGUGAAAACGAAAGCAAAAGUUACAGUUCUUGUACACUGCACUCCGCCUCGAUGUGGUCUUGAUGUGUAUGAAGUUUGAUGAAAUUAUCAUUCAUGGUUUGAAAGUUAAGAUACGGACAAAUAUAUUAUGUGCGUACUUACGUACGGGCAGAUCCCUAUAUCCCCUCGGCGACUCGUCGCGCGAGGGAUAGAAAUAAACGCUUCCAAAUCUA